AUGUUCUUUUCUACGUGGAUUCUAUUCUUACUAAUAUUAUUUAAUAUAUCAUUAGCAGAUCAUUAUAAAGGUGGUACUCUAUCAUGGAAACCAACAGAUCCAUAUUCUUUAACGAGUCCUGUUGAGAUUAUAAUAACAGAACGACAUUCAUGGACACUCACUAGAUAUCAAUGUAAUAAUAAUAUUAUUAAUACAUUAGGUACUUACAAUGAUACACAAAAUGCAACAACAGCUACAAUUAUUUGUAUAAGUUCAGCAGCUGCAUGCUUAUCAUCAUUUUUUCAAACUAUUAAUUCCCCUUUAUAUUGUACUGAUUUUUCAACAGUACUUCAAAUAUCUUCAGGAACUUAUUAUACAAAACAAAAUUUAGCAUUAAAUUCUAUAAUUGAUAUUGCUUCAAGAGGUGCAUCUUGGGCAAGUGAAACUUUAACUAACGACUGGUCACUUGUUAGUCAUAUUGAUUUAACACCUAUUUCUGGUAAAAUUAAUACAUCACCUGUAACAGGGUCAUUACCAAUUUUUCAACUUUAUGUUAAUGCAUUAUCUGUUAUACAAAUACUUGCAGCUGAUUGGGAUUAUGAUCAAAUUGUUCGAUGUCGUUGGUCAUAUCAAUAUUCAUUAGAUGAAUGUGGAAGCACAUGUUUUGAUCUACCUAAUGCUCAAUUAAAUCCAGUAGAUUGUGCUAUUACAUGGACACCUGUUCUUCGAUCUGAAGAUAUAGCUAAUGGUCUAACUGAAUCAACAUAUGUAGUUGCAAUAACAGCUGAAGAUUUUGUUAAUGCAUCAAGUACUACACCUCUUAGUUCAGUACCACAUCAAAUAUUGGUUCAUGUUUCUUAUAAACCUGCCAAUGCUUGUUCAAGUAGACCUAGUAUCACAGGUUUGCGUCGACGUAAUCUAGCAUGCUAUGCUUUAUCAGUUGGUUACACAAUUGAUUUUAUUAUUCUGAGUACAGUAACUUGUACGAACGAUUCAAUCGUUGAGUUUAUCUCAACAUCACCAUUCGAUAUAUUCAAAACAGAUUUCUAUCAAGAAGGCAAUUAUACAUGGGGUGUCAAUGUUACGUGGACUCCACUUAGUGAUCAAACAGAUAAGUAUAUGAAAUUAACAAAGAUUUUCCUAACACUUUUUAUUCUAAUAUUAGGUCUUCAACCAUUUUGUAUAGCAGCUGUGGAUAACAAUGGUCAAACAAGUAAUCAAUAUUGUGUAAUGAUUGCUGUAGGCGUUAGCAAUCCGUAUAUAAUUGCCCCAUCAUUUGUUCAAAGUACAGCCUCACCUGUUGGUACUGUUAUGGCUACACAAUCGCGUUUUAGUAUUCAAAGUUAUAACGCCUGGAGAUUUACAAUAUGGAAUCCAGCGAUUUCAUCAACAACGACCCCUUCCACUACAACAACGACAGCAACGACACACACAGUGACUACUCGAUUUCUGGGUACUACAACAUAUAAUACACAUUAUACAACAACUGGUAUUCCAGCUUAUACAACAUCAACAACAACUUCAACAACAUCGACAACAUCAACUUCAGCGACAACAACAACAACAACAUCGGCUACUACUACUACAACAUCAACGACUACAACAACAGAAUAUAAUCCUGAUGCAGAUGUCAUUUAUCCAAAAGAUAUGGAACGUGCAUGUUUACAACCAGUAACAAUUGCAACAGCAAUUGUAACUAUUGCUGUUAUUCCACUUCAUUUUUUUGGAAUGAUAACUCUCUUCGUAAAAAUGAAUUCUCAUUAUCAAAAUGGAAUUUUACGAGCUAGAACUGCACGUCGUAGAGUUUUACGAGAAGCGCUUGCCCUUGAAGAACAAGAAACAUUAGUCUGA